CAAUAAGCUAGAACAUAGUCUCUUUGACACGUGUGCAGACACCGUUUGGGGUACACUCGCGCAGUAGCAGCAGCAAGGCCCCGGCUACCGCUUGACGCGCUUGCUAAUAAACAGUUUGGUUGCAGAAUACAUGAAUUUUCUGAUAACUUGAUUUUGCGCGUUCUUUCACGGGAUAGGGUCAAAGUUGUUCCCAUCGCCAGGCUUGCCAGUGUUUGAUUGCCCAGCUUUGACACUGUUUCAAGUUCCAUAUCCGGGCACUGGACCAGCACCUGUAGACCGCUGGUUUGGAGGCCCGAACGAACACUUGUUGGUGAAUUUUAGUCGAAAAUGGCUUCAAGGGAGGCACAGGCCGCCCUCAGCAAUGAUACUCGCCGUCUGAUUAGGCAGAUUAUUAGGCAGGUUCACCCGGACCUGUUCGCGGCCAACCCCUAUGAGCGGCAGUGCAACUCGGACUCGCUGCAGGUGCUGAACGCAUACGUUGAUGACUUGGCCAAGGGGCUCUCUCCUCCUCCGGCGCACCUGGAGUUCUAUGUGCGCGAGGCUGGAGCCCUUAUGAAGAGGGAGGCCGAGCUUCCGGCUACCGGGAGCUUGGCCCCCCUGUUCUAUGCGUUUGGGCUUAUCACGGCCGAGGAACUGCAAGCGGCGGACCCCUACGCGACGGUGCAAGACACCAACUUCCUGUCCUGGCUCCAGGAGACUGUGCACGAGGCCGUGAGGACCGCAGAGCAGCAUGAGCUUCUCAAAUGGCGCAUUCGGAAGUACCGUGACACGCUGCAGGAGAAGUUUUCGCUGGCGGCAGUGCAGGUGGGCGCGGAGUACGCGGUCAGCCUCAGCGAGCAGGAGCGGCAGGUGGAGGCGCUGACCACGCUGGAGUACGGGCUGAGCAGCCUGUACCAGGACGGCAUGGCCUUCGAGGGCCUGUCCAUCCAGCUGUACCACCCCGACAUGUGCCCGGUGGAGUCGUACGCCUACAUGGACGAGAAUGGCGACUAUCAGAUGCAGACCAGCUACAUGAAGUCCUACAUCGCGGACGACGGCACGGUGCACCUGGUGGCGGACAGCAGCACCAUUAAGGAGCAGAUCAGGGCGCUGGACCUGGACCGCGCGCGCAUGCUGGCGUUCGUGGCGGACUUCUGGCUGGGCCGCGUGAAGGAGCUGACGCCGGCGGUGCAGGGGCUGCUGGGCGUGAAGGCGGUGUGGUGCGACACCAAGACGGAGCAGAACAGCCAGAAGUUUGUGAUCUGGGCGGGCUACCUGCUGGAGAAGCGGGAGGACAUCCUACGCUGCCUGGGCGGCCGCUCCUUCGCGUUCUCCCUGAUUGUGCACUCGGAGAGCGACGGGCCGCUCAUCAAUUUCCACACCAGCAGCCCUAUCCUCAACGUGCGCACCGAUUGCCCGCCGCAGCACCUCAUUGAGUUCCUGGUGUCGGAGACGGGCGUGGCGGCGAGUGAGGCGGCAACGGAGGUGCAGAGCAGCCGUGAGCGCGAGGAGGCGCUGCUGGAGAAGGUGCGGAAGGCGUUCGGGCUCAAGUGCAUUAUUAAGAUUUGCAUGAACGACAAGGUGCUGGAGGGCGCGCAGCGGCUGCUGGACAAUGCCGACCUUAUCAAGGGCAGCGUCAACCUCAAAGGGGCCUCGCUGGCUCUGGAUGACUGCUACGAGGCGCAGGCCUGGCAUGGUCGCGUCUGAGUCCCCAUUCGCUGACUCAGUACGUC